AUGUUUGGACAAGUUGCCCUCGUUUCUGUUCAUUUUGCCGCCGUUGUAGCAGGACUACCGGCUUACACCAACCACGUUCAUGUCAACGCCCACCACGAGCGCGGCGCCAUCACUGACCGCUACACCUUUUACGCAGGCGACGGCUCUACUGGAGCGGGUUGGCCUUCCCAGGACGCGUGGGGCUCCUGGGACGCCCUCUGGAAUGCCAAUGCCCUUCUCAUGAAGCAGACCUGCGGCUGGAAUGGCUGGGGCGCGAAUAACUCUGACGAUGAAAUCGACGCCAUCGAGUCUGCUAUCCAGGAGCUGGCUGACCAGACUGGCGUCGAUAACCGUUUUAUUCUUGCCGUCAUGAUGCAGGAAAGUAAGGGCUGUGUUCGAGCUCCCACGACCAGCAACGGAGUGACGAACCCUGGCCUGAUGCAGUCUCACAACGGCAAAGGUACUUGCGCCAACACCAACCCGUGCCCUGCCAGCCAAAUCACCCAAAUGAUUAGCGACGGCGUCGCUGGAACUUCGUCUGGAGACGGUCUUCAGCAAGUGCUCGACCAGGCUCGUGGAGUUGCUGGUGAGAAGAGCACCCGGUCAUUUUACGCGGCUGCCCGCCUCUACAACAGCGGCCUCGUUGACUACAACAGCCUCGACAAGGCCAUGGGCAGCACCCCUUGCUAUGUGUCUGAUAUUGCUAACCGUCUUACUGGCUGGACUCUGGCUGGCAGUAGCUGCCGCAUUUAA